AGUGGGAGGUGAAGUGAACCAAACAAUCCCAACGUAGCCGGACUCUUGAUAUUUUGCUCUGAGAUGCGCAUGGAUCGAUCUUUACGACCCCUUAUUGCUGCCGUAGUGCCGGGUGCCACACAGUUUGAUGCGGGACUCCGGAUCGAGUACAUCCCGAGUUGCGGAUACCGAACGUAACCCCGCGACAUCUUCAAGCGUGGCAGCCUGAUUGUGAGACUUGGCAGGAGAGCAGCGCGAGGAGACCGAGCCGAGCUGAGCGGUAGGUUCGCUUCGGACACUGAGCCGGUGAAGAUGGAGCGCUGGAAAGGCAGAGUGGCCCUGGUAACCGGAGCCUCGGUCGGGAUUGGAGCGGCUAUAACUCGGGCUCUGGUCCAGCAGGGCAUGAGGGUUGUCGGCUGUGCCAGGAAUGUCGACAAAAUUGAGAAACUGGCGGCCGAAUGUCAGAGUGCCGGCUACAGCGGCACGCUGAUCCCCUACAAAUGUGACCUGGCCAACGAAGAGGAGAUCCUGUCCAUGUUCUCAGCCAUCAAAACGCUUCACAAAGGGGUGGACGUGUGCAUCAACAACGCCGGGCUGGCUCACAAUGAACCCUUGCUGUCCGGAAAGACAGAGGGCUGGAGAAACAUGAUAGAUGUGAAUGUCUUGGCCUUAUCCAUCUGCACCCGCGAGGCCUACAAAUCAAUGAAAGAGAGGAAUGUGGAUGACGGCCACAUCAUCAAUAUUAACAGCAUGGGCGGGCACCGACUUGUGCCCAGCGCUGACGAGCAUUUCUACUGUGCCACUAAAUUUGCCGUGACCGCUUUAACUGAGGGGAUACGGCAGGAGCUUCGGGAAGAAAAGACUCACAUAAGAGCCACGUGUAUAUCUCCUGGUAUAGUUGAGACGGAGUUUGCCUUCCGACAUCACAACAGUGAUCCAGAGAAAGCAGCUGCUGUCUACGAGAGUAUAAAGUGCUUGAAAGCAGAGGAUGUAGCCAGUGCAGUCACGUAUGUCCUCAGUGCCCCUCCUCAUGUUCAGAUUGGAGAUGUGCAGAUGAGACCAGUGGAGCAGAUAUCAUAGCAGUGAUGAUGGACGGCAGCCACCACAGCUCCUUAGCGACCUCUGCUGGCCAUGUGGGUUAGGAGAGAGGGCGUGGGUGUGUGUCUGAGUCUACAGGAGCUUAACCAUGAAGAGCUGGAGCCUUAAAGAGGCUGUGCAGGGAAAAAACAUGCAUGGACUCUGUAAACCACUACAAAAAAAAAUAAAAUACUACUGAACAGCUGCUGGUCUCGGUCCUGAGCUGAACCGACUUUAAAACCGAAGUAGGAACAAAUCGGGACAGAGUUGCUGCUGCGCUGUGUGGCCAUCUGCACGGCUGCCACCUCAGAGGGAAAACGUCAUUGAUUGCACAUUUUGUUUUGUUUCUUUGUUUUGUUUAUCUAGGUUACAUGGUAUAUCUUUUGGAAUUUUAAUUAAAACAAUAACAAUUGCUGUUUAUAGGAAAAAUGUUUUCCUUUUUAAAAAAUAAAGAAUCUGACUUUUAAUUACAAAUCUAACUGUGGUCUUACACAAAGUAAUCUUAGACAGUGCUAAUGUCAUGCUUUCUGUGAGUAACCAGAGACGGUCUGUCCGUCCCACUCCAUGUUUAACUCAUCUCACAAACACAUUCAGUUACCCUCGUUUGGAUCCGACCACUCCUUACAGGUGUUCAGGGUACAUUUAGGAAGACAUACCUUUGUUUUCUUGCACACUCUGGGUUUUGUUUUUUUAACGGUCCAUCUAUUUGCUCAUGUUCUGCACUUUGGUGUGCAGAGAAGGAACCCAACUGUGCACAUGCAUCCUGUUGGAAUUUUCUCAUGUACGGAAUACACUAAAAUAAAUACUGUUUCCCACAUGUUGUCCAUGCUUUGUGUAAUGUCUGUUUUUUUAAGUGUAUAAUUGAAAGAAAAAUAAACAAACUGGACUUUG